GGCCAGUUCACAAUGAACUUGCAUUCCAGCCUCCUAUAUCAAAUCAUCCUGCUCCAGAAUAUUGGUGUUCAAUUGCAUAUUUUGAAAUGGAUGUGCAAGUCGGGGAAACAUUUAAGGUCCCUUCAAGCUGUCCAAUUGUUACCGUUGAUGGAUAUGUGGAUCCUUCUGGAGGAGACCGUUUUUGCCUGGGCCAGCUUUCCAACGUGCAUAGAACAGAAGCCAUUGAGAGAGCAAGGUUGCACAUAGGUAAAGGGGUGCAGUUGGAGUGCAAAGGAGAAGGUGAUGUGUGGGUUAGAUGCCUCAGUGAUCAUGCAGUGUUCGUUCAGAGUUACUACCUGGAUAGAGAAGCAGGGCGUGCACCAGGGGAUGCAGUUCACAAGAUUUACCCAAGUGCAUAUAUAAAGGUGUUUGAUUUACGCCAGUGUCAUCGUCAGAUGCAACAGCAGGCUGCCACUGCCCAAGCUGCUGCUGCUGCUCAAGCUGCAGCAGUAGCAGGAAACAUCCCUGGACCAGGAUCAGUAGGUGGAAUAGCCCCAGCCAUUAGUUUGUCAGCUGCUGCUGGAAUUGGUGUAGAUGACCUUCGCCGCUUAUGCAUACUCAGGAUGAGUUUUGUAAAAGGUUGGGGACCUGAUUACCCAAGACAGAGCAUCAAAGAGACACCAUGCUGGAUUGAAAUUCACUUACACCGUGCCCUGCAGCUUCUAGAUGAAGUACUUCAUACCAUGCCUAUUGCAGACCCACAACCUUUAGACUGA